AUGGAUAAAAGAUUCAAGCAUACAUUAGUUGCCCAUAAAAUAUGCCCAUAUAGCAUGAAAGUUCUUACAGUAAUGCGUCAUAAGAAUGUGAAUUUUGAAAUUAAGUUCAUAGAAACUCACAAUAAACCUGAAUGGUUUUUAAGGAUUAGCCCACUAGGUAAUGUACCUAUUUUAAUAAUUGGUGAAGAAAGUAUUUUUAUUAAUGAUUAUUAGUUGUUAUAUCAGAAUCAGCAGCAAUUAUGGAAUACAUUGAUGAAAUUACUCCUCCUAAAUUAAUGCCAUAAGAUCCACUUUAAAAAGCUAUUGAUAGAGCCAAAUUUGAAUUUUCGAAUGAACUUAUUAGAAAUCUUUAUUCUUUUAUUUUCUCUACUGAAUAAGAAGUAUUUCUAUUAAUAAAAUUUUAGAAAUUUAUUCGAUAAAAAGAAUGGUUAAUUAAACAUUUCAAAUGGAUUGAAGAAUGGUUAAAAGAUGGAAGGUAUAUUAAUGGAAAUUAAUUGUCUUUGGUUGACCUAAAUUUUGUUCCAUUAUUUGUAGCUCUAAAUAUGCUUAAAUCUACUUUACCAUGUGAUUUGUUGAAAGAUUUUAAAAAAGUAAUUUUUGUUUCUAAAAUAGUUAUAAAUAUAUGGAGAAGUGAUAAUAUCAUUGCCUUGCUCAAAAACUGGAAGAGUUCCUGAUUAUGAAUUUCUGAUGAUUGAUGGAAUUAAAAAUCAAAAUACCGUUCUUUAUAGAUCUAAUCCAUCUUACUUUAAUAGUGAUUACAAGCCUUAGAGAUGUUGUUUCUUUCGUAGUUGA